AUGAUGCUCAAUCUGGAAAAGCAGUUCACGUUUUAUGGCGCCUACCACCAUAACCCUGUGAACCUUGCAAUCCACAUCGUCUGUGUCCCGGUGAUAAUGCUCUGCAUGUUCCAACUGGCAACAAACAUAGGCCCCCAAAUCCCCCUCGCAGCCUCCCUCUCACUCCCCAACCUCCCUUCAAACCUCGGCACAAUAUCCGGCCUCCUCUACACCGUCCUUUACAUCCUCAUGGAGCCCGUAGCAGGCAGCAUGCUGGCCCCGCUCCUCGUCUCCGCCGCCGUCUUCGCCAACUACCUCACAUCCACCUACGGCAUGACAGCUACCUACUGGUGCCUGGGCAUUCAGGGGGUGCUGUGGAUCCUGCAGUUCAUAGGCCACGGAGUGUUCGAGGGGAGAGCGCCGGCAUUGCUGGAUAAUCUGGUGCAGGCUUUUUUCCUUGCGCCGUUCUUUGUGUGGUUGGAGGUGUUGUUUCGGCUUGGGUAUCGGCCGCAGCUGAAGGCGAGGAUUGAUGAAGCGGUGUCGAAGGAGAUUGCGAAGCUGAAGGAUGGGAGGGGGGGGAAGAGGUAG